ACCAGGAAGUGGAGAGGAGGGAGACUCUCAGACACACCCCCUCCUGCCAGCAAGUCUCUAGUCUCACUUAUUCCUCCUUGUCACUUCUCCGGAGGCUUCUCCUUUCUCCUUGUGAUCCCGGAGCUGAAUCUGAAAGACAGGAAUCAGGCUAAAAAAGCCAUGGCGGUGUCUCCAUCAGAUGAUUUUGAGGUCCUAGUAAAAGGGCUGAACAGUUGGAAUCUCCCCAGUGGCCCUGUCCCUUGUGAACUACUGUUGAUUGGUGAAGCUGCCUUCCCAGUCCUGGUAAAUAAGAAUGGCCAAGUCUUCAUUGCUGCUUCACAAUAUGGCCAGGGUCGCAUGGUAGUCAUGUCCCAUGAAGGCUACCUGCAAGAUAGCAUUCUGGCUCAGUUUCUUUGCAAUGCUGUGGGCUGGCUCAACCAGAGACCAGGAACUGUUGUUGGGGUGCACACAUCUGUGGAACCUCUUGCUGGCAUUCUCCAUGACUCUGGAAUGGAGGUACAAAUUAUGAAUGGCCUUGAAGACUCUGUUGGAGUUUACUGCAUCAAUGCCUAUGACAGCACCUUGGCCAAAGAGAUGAUUCAAUUUGUGAAAAAUGGUGGGGGCUUACUUAUUGGGGGCCAAGCUUGGUAUUGGGCAAGUCAACAUGGACGUGACAAGGUUCUGUCCAAUUUCCCUGGGAACCAGGUGACCAGUGUAGCUGGUGUGUACUUCACUGAUGCCUUUGGAGAUACAGGCUUCCUCAAAGUCUCUAAGAAAGUGCCUAAAAUUCCACUUACACUCAGGUUUGGGGAGGAACUCUCUCAGGACCAAGAGCAACUCCUGGAUGGAAUCACAGAGCUGGAUAUUAAUACUGGUGGACAGCCUUCUCAGCUUCUGGUUCAUGGAGCCUUGGCUUUCCCUCUCGGGCUAGACUCUUCACUUAACUGCUUCCUGGCAGCUGCCCGCUAUGGCCAGGGUCGAGUGGUACUUGCUGCUCAUGAGAGCAUGCUCUGUGCCCCAAAACUGGGCCCUUUUCUGUUCAAUGCUGUUAUCUGGCUAACAGGAGGACAAGCAGGCAGAAUUGGUGUUAACACUAAUCUUAAAAAACUAUUUACUUUAUUGUCUGAUAGAGGCCUGAACUGCAGCCUAGAAUCUCAUCUGACCCCUGGCUUGAGUGUUUACUGCUGCUCAGCCUACAGUGACCAAGAGGCAAAGAAGCUGCAUGAGUUUGUGGCAGAGGGUGGAGGGCUACUGAUUGGGGGCCAAUCCUGGUGGUGGGCCUCCCAGAAUCCUGGCAAGCAUGCUGUGGCUGAUUAUCCUGGAAACCACAUCCUCAACCCCUUUGGUCUCAGCAUCCUAGGUUACUAUCUCCAAAGUGGACGGUUUCCUGUCCUUGUGCCCAGUGAAAGGAACUAUCAUUUCCGCUUAGCAUUGUCUCACUUCCAAGAUGAAGUAAAAGGAGACAAAGCCUUGGCAGAAAACUGGCAUUCUAAGCUAAUGAGGGACUGUGGGGCCUUCCUGAAGAUUCCUGCAGAAGGAGUCCCCGCUUAUGCCUCCCUGCACAGAUUCUUAAAGAAAGUGCUCAAGCAAACUGGCAUCCCCCAUGUCAGUGAGGAUCAUCCUGUGCACAGCAAUUCCUGUGAGGCUACACUGCUCUGUGUGGCCACUGAACUUACUCGAACUGGGACAGAUUGCUUUUCACUGGUCCACGGAGCUAGUAACGGGACUUGUCCUUCUCAAUUGUAUUCCCCAGGAUCCCCUGUCACCGUGGAGAUCAAUGGUACCAGUCCAGAUGAUACUACAUGGGUGAGCACUGGACUCUACCUCCCUGCAGGCUUUACUGUAUACAUCAGAAUGCCAAGUGCUGUGUCUGCUGACCUACAGGUACAAAUCGGCUGCCACUCUGAUGAUCUCAGUGGGGCCAAGAAGCUUUGCCGAGCACCCGUGGUAAUUCAUCGCUGCUGCCUGGACAGACCAGAGCUGUCAGUCUCCUGCCUCUGGGGGGGCCUCAUCUAUAUACUUGUGCCAAAGGGCAGUAACCUGGGUCCUGUGCCAGUCACCAUCUCUGGAGCCGUGCCUGCUCCAUACUUCAAGCUGGGGGAGACAUCUCUGGAAGAGUGGAAGAGCUCUAUCCGCCAUCACCCAGUGCCCUGGGGGGAACUGGCAACAGACAAUAUCAUCCUUACAGUGCCUUCUGAAUGUCUUGAAGACCUAGAAAACCCAGAGCCACUGCUUCAUCUCUGGGAUGAUAUGAUGGGAGCCGUGGCCAGACUUGCAUCAAUAAGCUUCCCUUUCCCUCGACCCGAGAGGAUUGUAGCUGAUGUACAGAUCUCAGCUGGCUGGAUGCAUUCAGGAUAUCCUGUAAUGUGCCACAAGAAGUCAGCAGAGGAAUUAGUCAAUGAGAAGAAAAUAAAAUGUAAUGGCCUCUGGGGUCCCAUCCAUGAGCUAGGCCACAAUCAGCAACGAGGUGUCUGGGAGUUCCCCCCACAUACAACUGAGGCUACUUGCAACUUGUGGUCUGUCUAUGUACAUGAGAUGGUGCUAGGCAUCCACCGGAGUCGGGCUCACCCUGCCCUGACUCCCUCAAAGAGGGAAACAAGAGUAAAAGAAUACCUGAGAAAAGGGACUCCCCUGAAAGAAUGGAGUGUUUGGACAGCACUGGAGACUUAUUUGCAGCUACAGGAGGCUUUUGGCUGGGAACCUUUUACACAAAUCUUCAUGAAAUAUCAGACCUUAUCAGGAGUGCCCAACAACAAUCCUGGCAAGAUGAACAUGUGGAUAAAACAGUUCUCUCAUCAAGUACAGAGGAAUUUGGCUCCUUUCUUCCAGAGCUGGGGCUGGCCUGUCGAGGAGGAGGUGGCUGCUUCCCUGGCCUGCCUCCCUGAGUGGCAAGAGAAUCCCAUGAAAGCAUACCUUCUCAUGCAAAAUUAAGGGAUUCCCAUCAGGUUGAAUGAAUCUGGGGGCAGGAUAUAGCACCAUUUCUAAAACUCAAUCUAUAAAUUGAGAGGGAAAUACUCUCUAGAGUACUGCAUCUAUGCAGUGAGUCAGCCCUAUUGAAACAGCAAAUAUUUAUUGAUCAUCUUUGGUGUUCAAGAUACCAGAGGAUGUUAAGGGAGUUAAGUUAUCAGGAGUAUGUCACCUAUCUGAAAAUGAGAAAUCCAUAUGGAAACUUGCUCUUCUGUCUCCAAAAGAGGCCUUAGAACGCAUUACAAAUUAGUAUCAAUUAUUCCUUCUCUGGGCAGCUGUUUUUGAUUUCAAUGUGCUAUUAUUCACCAAUAUUAUAAUACCGAGAGCAUUGGAUUUGGAGUUGGGACUUUGGUUUGAAUCCUAUCUUUGCCAUGUAGUGCUUCUGUGACAGGAAGUUACUAAAUCUCUUUGGGCCUCAAUUUCCCUGUCUUUCAAAUGACAGAACUGGACUUGAUGAUCUCUAAAGUCCUAGAGUUUAAAAGUCGACUCUAAACCUAGGAUAAUAUGAAAUUCUUUCCUGAUCCUGAGACAGGUUCAACUUGUCUUUUUAGGAAUCCAAAAUAUUUUAUCUGAGCUUUUAUUUUUAAUCCAUUGUUCUGAAUAUCUGGAUAUGGUCCCAAAGUGAGACGUAAAUUUAUCAUAAGACUCAGCAGGCUCUUAACUUGUCAUGGCUAGUUCAUAUUAUGAUAGCUCCUAUAUGCAAAAUGUUGUAAAGUUUAAACUUUUCAAAGCUUAUACUGCAUUAAGACUUUUGGGAUGAUAUGUCAUUUCUUUUAUAAUUUUUUAUAAUCAAAACCUACUUUUUAUGUGAUACCCAGGACCUUCUCUAAGUUUUUAAGGUGCAUUUUCAGAAAAUUUCAGAAAAAUCCAGUCCAUUAAAGAGGAUAUUAAAUUAAAUUUUAAAUUUAAUUUAAAUUAAAAUUUUCUGGAGUAUGCCUUAAGCUACAGGAAAAGUACUGUAAAAUCACAAAUAUGAUAACCAAAUCUAUUAUGGUUUGCCACCAUCAAUUCAUUCUAUCUGCCAAUAUCCUUUUCAUGAAGAAAGAAACAAUGGCUUCAUUAUUUGAAUGUGAAAAAACUAAAAAAAAUUCUAUCCAUUUCUUGAUGACCUCAAUAAAUCAAUCAAUAAACA